AUGUUUUUAAAAUUAAUUGUUUUAUGGAUUUAUAUAAUUCGUUUAAUUUCAGCACGGACUUGUAGUGAAGAUAUAUAUGUUAAAACACAAAAAGAUCUUUAUUCUCUUUCAGAGUGUACAGUACUUAUUGGCGAUAUUUAUAUAAAUUCUUCUAUUUCUUUUAUUUCUCUUGAUGGUAUUGAAGAGAUUGAUGGUAGUUUACUUGUUACGGGAAAUAGUGAUAUUGUUACAUUUUAUGCACCAGUACUUAAAAUUGUAAGUGGAAAAGUAGAAUUCAAUACUUUGACAGCACUUGAAAAAAUAAGUUUUCCACAUCUUACUUCAGUAAACACUUUAACCCUAUUCCAUUGUGCUCGGCUUGAAUCUCUUCAAUUAAAAACUGGGAUUACAUCUAUUUCUAAACUUACUGUUUCAGACACGCUGUUGCGUGAAUUAGAAGGAUUUGACAUGAAAGUACUUUCUUCUUUAGAUAUUAAUAAUAAUAAUUAUUUAAUUCAUUUUAAUAUGUCGAACCUUGUUAAAGUUAGAGGACCCUUAGUUUUUAUGCAAAAUGGCCAAAUUCAAAAUAGGAGUGGUUUCCGUCUUUCUUUCCCUUCUUUAGAAACUAUAGGCGAUUUAACUGUACAAAGUGUUUCUCUUAUUGAGAUGGAUAAUUUGAGAAACAUUACUGGAGAUUUUAUUAUGACUUUAACCAGUGUGAAAGAAGUUAAUUUAGGUAAAUUGUCCUUUAUUUUAGGAUCAUUAGCCAUAUACAAUAACAGCGACUUGGUCACCCUUGAUUUCCCAAGCUUAGUUUCUAUUGGUGGAUCCUUUUUGCUUAGUGAUAAUUUAAAAUUAACUGCUAUUACUGGUUUUCCUCAAGUUUCAAGUAUUGGUGGUUCGGUUUCUUGGACGGGGCCUCUCAGUACUAUUUCUUUGCCAAGUAUUAAUGAUAUUAAAGGUACUCUGAAAAUUAUAUCAACGGUUGCGUUGAAAUGCCCAGAUUUUUCUAAAUCACGAGCUAUCAUUCAAGGUGCUAAUCCAAUAUGUAGAAGUGUUGGUUCGGAAACUGGUGGGGCUUCUAGGAAGGGAGGCUCCAGUAGUAGAAAGAGUGGUUCUAAUAAAUUCAUUGGAGAUUUAAAUUUCUUUACUAUUGUCGAAGUUAUUUGCAUUCUUGGAAUUUCGCAUUUGAUGAUUUAA